GCAGUUGGAAAGCGUCAAGAAAAAUCAAAGAUCAUGACGAUCCUUUUUCUGAUAGCAUUACUAACCUACAGUGGGCAGAACCAGAACACCGUAAGGUCUCCGCACGUUCUGAUGCAAACUUUGUACGAUCUGCGGGUGAUUUCGGACCAAAGUUACACUGCCUGGUUCCACUCGCAGCCCGAUUAUCAUCGAUACGUCAUUCCGGAUUUGGAAUUCCGAAACCGGACCUACGACCAUCUUUCGGUGAUAAAUGUUGGCGUUCAUUUCUCCUACGGAAGUGUCGAUUACGCCAUUUGGGAUACUGCGGUUCAUUGGAUUGCAAUCUAUUACGAGUACUCGGUGAACUACGUGGUGGGGAGGAUAAAUCGGAAAUUCAACGAGUUGUCUAAUGGUGAAAUCGAUCGGUUCAUGGAUAAUUUGGAGUACAAUUAUGACUCGUAUAUUUCGUUGUUUAGCUUGGUGACGUUCAAGCCCGUUUGGAAGCAUGGAUUCUCGAAUUUUCAUUCCUGUAAUUUUAAAACCACCACUAAUGUCAACAUCAUGACAAACUUCAUGCAGUCUCCGGUUUUGGAACUCAAAUAUGGAAUAAACAAUAACUUCAAGGCGGUUGAACUGCCUCUGGAAAAUCAACUUUACAGUCUCUUGCUGUUGUUACCGUUAGAGGGUAAAAAUGUCGAUGACUACAUAAAAUCAAUUGACACUCAAGGGAUGAUCGAUAUUUACAAGCAACUUAAUCCGACCAACGUCAGCGUUCUCAUACCGAGAAACAAUUUCGACGAUUCGCACGAUUCCAAACAAAUAUUCAACAACAGCCUCAACCAAAAACCUUUCGAAGACCGCAUCUUCCGUCCAGUGCGGGAUCAGGAUGGCUGUCCCGUUUUCGAAAUGACUCAACGAUUGAAAGUAGUUUUCGAUACAAAUGGGGUGGAAAAUGCCACUAGUUCCGGAAGUUUGGAAAAUAGCAAGGUUUUCCUAGCGAACAGACCCUUCUGGUUUUUGCUGGUAGAACGUCGAGUAAAUGUGUUGCUUAUGAUAGGACAUAUCAGGAAACCCGGUGUGGAUUUGUAUGAAACAGGUCAACAGGAUACCUGCCCUGAAGCUGUCGAUUAG